UCGACGUACACGACCAUCUAAGAAGAUGGCGACUAAGCUCGCGGCGCUCAUCGUCUUGGUGGCGUUCCUGGCCGGGCCCCCGGCGUGCGAGGGCGACAUCAUUUGCUUCAACGGCUGGCUGAAGCUACCCAUCCAGGACCCGCGGCUCUGUCCUCAGGGCUCCAUGUCCAGGAUGAACGGCCGUACGCGAGCGCUGGUGCCAGUGCCUCGUCCCUCGGGGUUAGGGCUCGGCCUCGGCUACUACAACAACAGGAGCUCCAGGUCCUACUGCCCGAGAGCGGAAGGGAUCGUGAGGGAUGCCGUAAGCAAGGCCGUCGCCGCGCAACCUGGCAUCGGUGCGGGCCUCAUCCGUCUCUUCUUCCACGACUGCUUCGUUCGGGGCUGCGAUGCUUCCGUCCUCCUCACGACGACCAACUCCAACAACAGCGACACCGAAAGAGAAGGCAACCCGAACAAGAACAGCCUGCGAGGGUUAGAGGUGAUCGACGCGGCCAAGGCGAAGAUCGAGGCCGCCUGCCCUGGGAGAGUCUCGUGCGCCGACAUCGUCGCCUUCGCCGCCCGCGACGCGUCCUCCAUCCUCAGCAACCGUAGGAUCAACAUCCGGAUGCCGGGCGGCCGCUACGACGGCCGCGAGUCCUUCUCCAAUGAGACCGACCAGCUGCCCGGGCCCUUCUCCGGCGCUACGGUGCUCUUGAGUAAUUUCAAGGCCAAGGGGCUCACCUCCGACGAAAUGGUCACCCUCUCCGGCGCGCACACCAUCGGCCGCGCCCGUUGCGCGUUCUUUUCCAGCCGCUUCUCUGAAAUGGACCCGACAUUUGCCGCCAAGCUCAAGGCCCAGUGCAACAACGACGACACCAACGUGGACCAAGAACAUGUGACCCCCGAAGUCCUCGACAAGCGCUACUACCAGGAUGUGAUCGACGGAAAAGCGUUGUUCACCUCGGACGCCGUGCUCAACUCAGCCGAAACAAUAAAGCAGGUGACAGAAAAUGCGAAAAAGGCAGGGGCGUGGGAGAGGAAGUUUGAGAGAGCCAUGGAGAAUUUGGGAAAAAUCGGGGUCAAGACCAAAGCCGACAAAGAUGCAGAGAUCAGGAAGGUAUGUUGGAAGGUCAACAACUAACGAUGUGCUAGGAGUACCUAGUAGUAAUGCAUGGUGGUUGGCUGGCUCCAUGGCGGGAUUGCCCGAUGGAGAAGAUGUAACACUUUCCUGUCGAUCACUUUUCAACAAGUGUCAUUGUUUUUUUAUUUGAAUUAUUUGAAUUGCUUACCACAUAUAUCACAUUGUUCAACAAAGUGUCAUGUUGGUUUUGUCAAACUUCUACUACUACUACUACUACUACUACUACUACUACUCUCCAUUUGUGUGUAAUAAAGGUACACUAAGUAUACAACUAACGGUGUAUCUUCACUAAGAUACCCAAUUGGUCAUGGUGGCCAGCAAAGAUGUAAUCAUCACCUCGCAUUUGCUCGUGAUUUGUGCACACCAAGGUAUAAAGUUUCGUCAAAAUUUCGAUGGUGGGCAAAUUUUUUGCCUUUAGUUCAAGAAAUUUCGGUUGGUUUUAAUUUCUAUGUAAAGACAAACAUGGAUCAGAUAGAAUAAAUACGAGUUACAAUAGAACAGCGGUACGAAACUUUUCUUGAUCAGUAGGUCAAGAGUUCGAAUCAUGUGCACAAACAUUUUGAUCAGUUUACCGAGUACUGAAUGGUUGAUAGAUUGUUUUCUAUCAGAACUCAUUUACACUUUGUAUGCCGAGUACCCCUGAAUUUACAUCAACAACGACAGUUCUUCCAAUAGUGAGUUAUACGUUUACAAUAACACGAGGUAGUUCUAGAACAAAAUAACAGGGAAAUACAACACCAGAUAAGAGAGUACUAUAUAUCACAGCGUUCACAAACAAGCCAUGUGUUUACAAUAAAAUACUCCCUCCACUCCAUAAUAUAAGACCAUUUUACAAGCCAACAUAACUUGCAAAAUGGCCUAAUAUUCUAAGACGGAGGGAGUGCAUGAUUUGCCA